UAUUUUCCUGCUCACUUCAAACUUAAUGUUUGUGCUACUUCCUACUUUAGGUGAAAAUUUUUUGUUAAAUGUCAACAUUUUAUAAAGUUUAAACAAUGGAAACAGAAGAUUCACCCGAUCCACAAGAAUUAAAAGCAACUAUUGCAACAUACAAAAAGUUGGCCGAAGAUUUUUCAAAUCAUGAUACAAUUUUAAAGGAUAAGACAGUGCUCUCGUAUAUUGCAUUUAUAAUGGAAAAUCCUGAUGUAGAAGUAGUGGAAUUGGCAUUGGAUGUCCUUGAAAUUUUUGUGAGAAAUUUAGAGAAUUAUUCACAUAUAACCUCAACAUUUGGAGUUCGUGAAGCACUCGAUUCAAUAAUUGACAAAUAUAGUUUAGACGAGCCAAAAAUUGCUAAACACGCUCAACAUAUUAAAGAUAGUAUAGAAAGAAUGAAACCACCGAUUUAUAAUUUACGUAGUCGAUGUAGACGUGUUAUUGAACCAAAAAAACUAAGAACACACGUUAUUGUCUUACAUGUUCAUGGCCUUCUUCCUGAGACACGAGCGGAUCUAGAGUCAACUUUAAUAAGAAUUGAAGGUUUAAUUUCACUCGUCGUUGACGUGGAGCAUCAACGAGUUACCAUGAGGACUUUAAUUAAUGUCACAUCAAAACAAAUUGCUGAAGCUAUUCAAACAAAUAACUCAAAUAUGGAGGCUAGAUUAGUAACUAGAAACAAAUAUAAUCAAGAAUUUUUAGUUAAAUUGAUAAGUACAGACGCUGGGGAUUGCGAUGAAUUACCAGAAUAUUUACCAGAGGAAGAAGAACAAGAGGAAGAGGAGGAAAAGGAGGGCGUAAUUUCCAUUUUUACCGGUUUAAGACAAAGUGCGUCUUCCCUUUACAAAUCGACAGCUGAAUUUCUUCAUAAUUCCUUUUAUUGGUGAAUCGUGAAUUCUUUUUAUUUAGUAUUUUAUUUAUUUUCUACGUGCAUCAAAGUAAGACGCAAUGAGUUUCUGUUCGUGUGCAUUGACCCGUAGGAAUUUACCGCAAAUGGUAUAGAGAAAAAAAAGAACCUUAAAAGGUAAGAAAUUAAUGAUCCAUUUGGAUUGUUAUUCCUCUUUCAAGAUUUUAAUUAUUUUUGACAAUCACCGAAAAUAAUUCCCCAUUCUUUUUUUUUUUUUUUUAAUUAAUUAUAUUUCAAAGACUUUGAACUCAGUGUUCUUGCCAAAUUUUCUCAAAGAAACUUCUAAACUAUUUUAGAAAAUAUAAUAACUAGUUCAGAUCUAAAUUGAAAACUUUGAUCUGCAGAACUUGUUAAAAUCAAAUUUAGAAAUUGUAUAUAUAUAAACUUGCAUCUGCUUCUAAUUAA